UUCAUUCUUCAUUUCUAAUCUAUUUGAAACAUGUCUCAUAAUGUAAACUCAUCAGAUGGUUCCAGUUCAUCAAAUGUGAAUGAAUAUGAUGAGUGGGAAGCACAAAUUGUUCAACAAAAUCGACAACUUGAUGUUAUCAUGAGUGAGUUACUCAUAAGCAUACUAAAUAUGAGCGUAAGAGAUCACCCAAGAGCAAGAAGGAGGUAUUGUGAUCGGGAACGCAAGCGGGGUGAGGCACGUUUGAUGAAAGACUACUUUGUUGACAACCCAACGUAUGGUGAAGAAAAUUUUCUAGGUAGAUUUCGAAUGCGAAAACCACUAUUUCUCCGUAUAGUGGAAGUUGUUACAGCCAAUGACCGAUAUUUUCAACAAAGACCUGAUGCCACAGGCAGACAAGGUCUUUCACCAUUACAAAAAUGUACCGGAGCUAUGCGGGUGUUGGCAUAUGGGACAUCAGCAGAUGCACAUGAUGAAUAUUUGUGAAUGAGUGAGACUGUAACAAGGGAUGCUUUUGUAAAGUUUGUGGAAGGUGUUAUUUCAUGUUUGGGCUAAUGUCAUAAAAACCCUCAAGUUUUCAGGGUUUUGUCGGUUUUGCCCAAAGUUGAAUUUUAUAUCCGUUUUUACCAUAACAUUUUUCAAAAAAAAUGUUUGGUUUUACCCUUUUA